UUUCGUUUUCGUUCGUUUUAAACGUGUUUAUUUUUAACUUCCUCAGACGUUGAAAAAUGAGCGCGAUGCAAAAAACAAAUUCUGCUUUCUGCUUCACAAAAGUUUAUAUCAUAUUGUUAAUAAUUGUAUCACUACAAAUAGCUAUUUGCGUAUGGGUUGGAAGACUGCAACAAAAUCUCAACGAGACAAAACAAUCUUUAAUGAACACAUAUGGUGAAUAUCGUUUUCAAAAAGGUUUUGUUAAAAACGAAAGUCGUACAAUGUCACUGAAGCAAGUUCAAGAUAAGACUCAAAGGAAAAAUAAAAGUAAUAAGAUUAAAGAAGUUAUUGUGUUGGCUCCAUUAAAAGAGUUUUAUAAGGAUUAUGUAAUAUUUAAUGAAACAAUUUCUAUAUGGCAAGUUGAUGAAAUUUCUGGAUCAUUAUCUUUGCACGAAAAUGCUUACGUAGAAAUUGGUGUUGAUGGAUUUUAUCAAAUUAACGCAAUGUUGCGGUUAAAACCGGGACAACCAGUUAAAGAGUUUUACAGCUAUUACCUGUGUAAAAACAAGAGUAUUCUUGCUUCUACAACAUUUACCUCAAGCCAAAGUACAGGUAUUAUUAAUAUUGUUACACAAGCACAAAAGGGUGAUCGCUUGUUUCUCUCCAAUCCCUGGAAAGGAUUAAGUUGGUUUGUAAAAAAAGAAGUUACAUUUUUUAGUAUUCAUCAUAUCUAGUAAUUACCAAACAAUUUUUAUGGUAAAGUUAUUAAUUUUUUUAAAAUUGUUUAAAUCUUUCAUAUACUUGUAAUAUAAUUUUUUAUAGCAUUUAAAAUAAAACAUUUUGUUAUAUAUUCUUUUAUAGCAUAUGUGCUAAUUUCUUA